CUACGGUAUACGUACGUCACUCUUUCUCUAUGUACAUACUACGUACAAUUUGAACUGGCGAGAACCCGGUGAAUCACUAUCUUUUACUCUCUGUUCUUCCCCGGAAACGAUCGGAUUGAUUUUUUCCCGCAGGUUAAUCAAUUCCUCCUUCGAGUUUGUGACUCGGGAAUCUAAUUCCACCUUUUUUUUUAUAAACGCCAAAAAAUGGCAAAACUCUCGUCAUCAAGAUUUAUUGUCAGGUAUUUUGAUCACGUUGCGUCAAAAACCCCAACAAACUAUCACCGCACUGGUAAUGGCAUUUCGAAUUUCAUCAUAAACAAGCCUAAAUUGAUCAAGAACCCCACAUUUUCUUCAUGGCUGUUGAAUUCUCAAAGAUCCCAGUUCCCAUCAUUGCCCAAUAUGCAUGGUGUGUUUCGAAAAUUGGAUCCACAUGCAAAAUUCUUGCAGCACAGAAGUUUCUUCGCGUUUAGGUACUCUUCAUUUAAGAAUCACGAGAUGGGUUCUAAAAGUUUUGCUGAAAAUGUGGUGAAAAAACCUGCUUUGGCCUUUAAGAAUAUGUUCGGACGUUAUAAGGAGGGAGUAGGGCUGCAGAUUGAGGCCUUCUGGAUGAGGAAUCAUCUGGUGAUGUUGGGUGCCGGUGGGUUUGUGGUGUGCAUUUUGCAGUGGCGAUUCUUGUUUGGGAUUGCCAGUACUUUUGUUGGGUUCUCCGAGGGCAUGGCCGAGUAUGGGUUUCUGGCUCUUUCAUCUGCUAUCGUUGCCUUUACUGGCUUGUACCUUCAUGCAAAAUUCACCAUCAAUCCAGAUAAAGUUUACAGAAUGGCUAUGAGGAAGCUAAAUACAUCAGCUAGUGUUCUUGAGGUUAUGGGUGCACCACUCACAGGAACCGACUUGAGGGCAUAUGUGAUGUCAGAAGGGGGCAUCAGCCUGCAGAAUUUCAAACCGAGGUUAAGAAGCAAAAGGUGUUUCCUUAUUUUCCCUGUACAAGGUUCGGAAAGGAAGGGAUUAGUCAGUGUUGAAGUCAAGAAGAAGAAAGGCCAGUAUGAUAUAAGACUAUUGGCAGUGGACAUUCCCAUGGUGAGUGGACCUGAUCAACGCCUGUUCCUGAUUGGGGACAAUGAAGAGUAUAAGAUCGGUGGUGGUCUAAUUUCUGAACUGCGGAAUCCAGUUGUCAAAGCAUUGGGAGCUGCUAAGGAGUUGGAAGCUCGUGACGACAAGGAGGACGCUGCAAGGGAACUUCAAGAAGCCGGAAAAAAACAUCAAGCAGAUAUAAAAAAGCUUGAGAAAGGCAACAUCCGGUGGCUGCAAGGGCGUUUCUUCUGAUCCACUCUUCCAUCUCUUUGCCUAUAAGACCCUGCACUUGGACCCUUCAAAUCAAUGACAGCUGCUGCAUCGGCACCUUGAGUUAAUAUAAGAAUAUUUUUGCGACAUUGUACAAACUUGCUGACGAUCGGCUAAUGCCUUCUAACGAACAAAUCUUGACGUAAUGAAAGACAGACGUCCCAGAAUAAGACUUGGGAUCAUUCGUGGAUGAUAUCUUAGAAAUUUCUUCAUCUGAUCCUAUAACAUUGGUGUUCUUGUUUCCUCAUGGUUCAAAAGCAUCAAAUAUAACUGUGGUCU